GCGCGUCGAAAAAUCCGUUUUUGUUUUCCGAAACGCUUGCACGCACGCGCGCACGCCACACACCGACAGACGCAGAGUGACAGACGCACAUUUUUCAUUACUUUUUUUCACCGCGUUCUUCGAUAUCGAUUCGUCCGUUUCAUACUCAGUUUUUUCUCCGUUUUUUUCUCCCUUUUUUCCAUUCGAGUUGAGUUUUUACGCUUUCCCGAGCGCCCCCCUCCGACAUACUCUCCGUUUGCUCUUGCCGUCAACGUUUUAGCACGCCGCCGCCGUCGUCGUUGCCAUUUUCCUCCUCAACCGUCACACGCCGUCGUCAUUCUGGCCGCCCGCAGUGUGAAUAGAAACCCCCUCGAAAUGGCGUCCGCAGCAGCCGCGGCCGCCUACAAUCAGAACCGCCGUGUGCCGCCAACCAUGCAAAUCCAAAAGAUACUUGAUGAAAACGCACAACUGAUUUCAACUAUUCAAGAAUUUCAAAGUAAAGGAAAAGCUCAAGACUGUGUUCAAUUUCAGCAAAUUCUUCACCGCAAUUUGGUCUACUUGGCAUCUGUGGCAGAUUCAAAUCAAAACAUUCAAUCCUUGCUUCCGCCACCAAGUAUAGCCUUGCAACAAGGUAUGCAAACUCAAGGGCAGCACAUGCACCAGAUACAACAACAACAGCAACAUCAACAGCAUCAGCAGCAAUUACAGCAACAGCAACAACAACAACAACAACAACAACAGCAGCAACAACAACAGCAACAACAGCAACAGCAGCAGCAGCAACAGCAACAGCAACCUCCUCCUCCAUCUGUUAUGAUGGGUGGACCUGAGGGUCAGAAUCCUCAGUCAAUACAACAGCAGCAACAACAACAGCCUCAGCAGCAAGGUCCACCUCAACAGGCCAUGAACCAAGUGUUUACACAAGGACAAGGAGGACCAAUGCCUCCUAGUGGAUAUCGUCCUCAACAAUCUAUUGCUCCGAUGCGUCCACCUUCUCAACAAUACAGACCAUCCCCUCAGUAUCAAGGACAACAAGGCUAUCAAAAUUUUGCAACUACACAAAGCAGUGCUGUUGUUGGUUCUAGCCAAGCAGUUGGAGGUGGGGUAUACAAUCAACCACCAAACCAACCUUAUCCAGGUCAAGGAUAUGGCCAUCAACAACCAGUGCCCAGUUCAAACUACCCAAAUCCCAAUUAUGCCAACCCACCUACAAAUCAACAGUAUCAACCAAAUGGUCCAUAUGGCAACCAACCUGGUGGUAGUUAUCCACAAAAUACUGUUUCUUCUCAGCCACAGAAUUUCCCGCCCAACUAUCCACCUGCUGGAUAUGUUCAACAACCAGUGAGUUCAAGCAGUGGUUAUGGUCCUGUAACAAAUCAACCAUCAGCAUACACUGGUUAUGGAAACGCGCCUCAGAAUACUUAUGCUUCUUCUCAGACAACUCAAUCAGCACCAUCGGCCUCCACACAAACAUACCCUCCUCCACCUAACCAAUCCGUUCCUAAUGCUGCUGUUGCUGUACAACAGACUGCUCCUGCGCCACAACCUAAUUAUCCAACACCACAACAACCCAACGCUCAAUCAUACCAAUCUCCUAAUAAUGGACCCAACCAACAGCCUGGACCACCUCAAAACUAUCCACCUCAGCAAGGUUAUCAACCUCCGCCACAAGGAUAUCCACAAGGUUAUCCAACUCCUGGUCAACCUGGUGGCUAUCAGCCAUAUCCACAGAGACCUUUGGCUCCUCCAUCAAAUCAGUCUCAAUAUCCGGGAUAUCCUUAUCAGCCAUCACCUGUUUAAGUAAUGACGAACAAGACAAAAUAUGAACAUUAAUUAUUUUUUUAAACACUUAUUUUUAAUGAUAUUGAUAUUGAGUCAAUGUACUUUAAUUUACUUAGAUUAGAGUUU